AUCGCAUGCGCACGGAGUCAGUUCAAAGAGAUCCGGCAAGCAGCGCGAACGUGUUCUCCACGACAUUAAUCUCCACGUGCAAAUUGCAUUGAAAACAUAAAUUAUCGAAAAUGAGGAGAGGAAUAACAUUAGUCCCGAGAUUGUUUUCCCACUGGUGGGAAACGCUGGAGCAGUCGCACCGGUUGCUCGACCAGCAUUUCGGAAGAGGACUGAGACCGGAACAACUGGUCUCAGCGGUCCUUGAAAGAUCGCCGAACAGGCUGUCACCGUACAGUUUCUAUCAGCCCUGGAUGGAUUGGGAACGAGAUAACGAAAUCGGUCAAUCAAUUGUGAAGAGUGAUAAAGACAAAUUCCGUGUGAUACUCGAUGUCCAACAAUUCAAACCUGAGGAAGUUAACGUGAAAGUCGUCGAUAAUUUCAUCGUCGUAGAAGGAAAACACGAAGAUAAACACGACGAUCAUGGUAUAAUCGCAAGGCACUUCAUUAGGAAAUAUCUAGUACCGGAUCAGUGCGAUCCUGACAAAGCGACCAGCAGUAUGUCCGAGGAUGGUAUUUUAACAAUAACGGCACCGUUAAAACCAGAGGCUAUAGAGAAGAAACGAGAGAAAGUGAUUAAAAUCGAACACGUGAAGAAACAGCAGGCGAUAGAAGAUGAAGAGCCUCAGAAAAUGAAACAGAGUCAAUAGGAACUUAUUAUACACUUGUUGUACACUCGUACAUUUAGUAUUCCUUUUUAUUUUUUACUGCGUUUCUUAAAUUUACUGAUUGUUUGUAGUCUGAUUGUUACAAGUGAGCCUGUGUAUGAAUAAAUGGUGUGUAAUUAGUUAAA